CUCGACCUCGAGUGUCCUCCCGCCUUUUGCCUCCUUUCCUUGCCGCCGAACUCUACGACUGGAUGGGUAGAUGCUUUGGCGCAGCCCCUCCUACCUCUCCUCCGCCGUCACCUCCCUCUGCCUCCGCCGGCGAUCCUUCUACCUCGACCUCAUCUCCGGCGCCUCCACCCUCCGCCAUCUCGACCAGAUCCUCGCCCACGCCAUCCUCUCCGGCCGCCAUCCGGACCUCGUCACCACCACCAAGCUCCUCCACCGCCUUGCCGACCUCGGCUCCCCUCCCACCCACCUCCUCCGCCUCUUCUCCUCCGUCCCCCGCCCCGACCUCUUCCUCCUCAACGUCCUCCUCCGCUCCCUUCCCCCCUCCUCCGCCCUCCUCUUCCUCUCCUCCCUUCGCCGCGCCCACCACCACCUCCGUCCGGACUCCUUCACCUACGCCUUCGCCGCCUCCGCCACCGCCUCCCUCCUCUCCCCCGCCCCCGGCCGCGCUCUCCACGCCCGCGUCAUCAUUGAUGGUUUCGCCGCCGAUCCCUUCGUCGGCUCCGCCCUCACCGACUUCUACCUCAAUUUCUCCCAGGUCUCGGCCGCAGAGAAGGUAUUCGAUGGAGUUCCCGACCCGGACACCGUGUUAUGGAACACCCUCAUAUCUGGGUUGGUUCAGAACUGCGCUUUCUUGAGAUCGUUAAGGGUUUUCAAGCAAAUGGUGAUGACUGGUGCGCGGUUUGACUCCACGACCCUGGCUGUGGUCCUCCCAGCUGCCGCGGAGCUCCAAGAGUUGAUCUUGGGAAUGACGGUGCAUUGCUUAGGUAUGAAAUCGGGCUUGGCAUUCCAUUCCCAUGUCGUGACUGGUUUUAUCUCCAUGUACUCCAAGUGUGGUGAGAUCCCAGCUGCAAAGUUCUUGUUUGAACAGAUUGAUGAGCCGGAUUUGAUAGCUUGCAAUGCGUUGAUAUCUGGGUACUCGUCAAAUGGGCUUGUUGGAUCUUCUGUGGACGUGUUCAGGGAAUUGCUAGCUUUUCGAGGGAGGCCUAAUUCAAGCACCAUGGUAGGGUUGAUUCCGGUGUCCAGUCCCUUUGAGCAUGAAUCCCUUUCUCGAUCUAUUCAUAGCUUUGCUAUAAAAUCUGGGCUUUAUCUGAAUUCGCCAGUGUCGACCGCAUUUACUACCGUCUACUGUAGAUUGAACGACAUGGAAGCUGCAAGGAAGGUUUUUGAUGCAAUGCCAGAGAAGAGCAUGGCUUCUUGGAAUGCAAUGAUAUCGGGGUACGCCCAAAAUGGAUUGACGGAGAUGGCAAUCUCUCUGUUUCGUGAAAUGCAAGAUCUCAAUGUCCGACCUAAUCAAAUCACGGUCACGAGCACCCUUUCAGCAUGUGCUCAGCUUGGAGCUCUCACCUUGGGGAAAUGGGUCCACCAGAUAAUCACCCAGGAGGAUCUUGAGCUUAAUGUUUAUGUUUUGACGGCUCUUAUUGACAUGUAUGCAAAGUGUGGGAGCAUCAUGGAAGCUCGAAGAAUUUUCGAUGGUAUGGUGGAGAAGAAUGUGGUAUCUUGGAAUGCAAUGAUAUUGGGUUAUGGCCUUCAUGGUCAAGGCCUUGAAGCUUUGAAGCUUUUCAAGGAGAUGCUAAAUGCUCGUAUUGCUCCCACCGGAGUUACAUUCCUUUCGGUUUUAUAUGCAUGUAGCCAUGGGGGAUUGGUUGAAGAGGGCCGUGCUGCCUUUUGGUCCAUGACAUGUGACCAUGGAAUUAAGCCUGGGCCAGAGCAUUAUGCUUGCAUGGUGGACCUCCUUGGACGAGCUGGGCAACUAAAAGAGGCCCUUGAGUUUAUAGAGACAGUUCCCGAGAGUGCUGGUCCUGGUGUUUGGGGUGCCUUGCUUGGUGCUUGCAUGAAACACAAGGAAACUAGUCUUGCUCGAUUGGCUUCGGAGAAGUUGUUUGAACUAGAACCUGAGAAUACUAGUUACUAUGUUCUGCUCUCUAACAUAUAUUCUGCUAAUCGUAAUUACCCCGAAGCAGCUAUGGUGAGACAACAAGAUGCUAAGAGUAGAAAGCUGCCAAAAACACCUGGAUGCACUCUGAUUGAGAUUAGAGAUGAGGUGCAUAUUUUUACUUCUGGUGAUCGAUCUCACCCGCAGUCAGUGUUGAUCUAUUCGAUGUUGGAUAAACUGACUGGAAAGAUGGUUGAGGCAGGGUAUCGUGCAGAGACUGAUGUUGCACUAUAUGAUGUGGAGGAGGAAGAGAAGGAGCAUAUGGUGAAGGUUCAUAGUGAGAAGCUGGCUAUUGUCUUUGGGCUUAUUAGCACUGAGCCAGGGAGCGAGAUUAGGAUCAUCAAGAACCUUAGGGUGUGUUUAGACUGUCAUACUGCAACCAAAUUCAUAUCAAGGAUUACUCAGCGUUUGAUUAUUGUGAGGGAUGCCACAAGGUUCCACCAUUUUAAAGAUGGGGCAUGCUCCUGUGGGGAUUUCUGGUGAUGCAUAAGUCAUGUUGUUGUGCUCUGGUGGAUCUGUUGCAAUUUUAAAUGAUCCGAGUUGUGAGUUCAGGCUGCAGAGCAGAUAUGUUCUGCUCUGGAAAUUUUGCAUUUGAAAGUGUUACAGGCAAUUCACAUUGUUCAAACUAAUAAAAGAAGGGUGUCUAUCUAUUUAAUAUAUUGUUAAAUUUUGAAAAUGUAGUUGUGUUAUACAUAUGCAUAUGGUGGCAUUUUUACAUGAGUUUUUACACAACUUAUUUUGUCAAUCCUACUUCAAGUUGGAGGUGAUUUAAGAUUCUUGAAUCAGCAAAAUCGGUUUAUGGUCAUACUGGAAUAAGAUAGAUCAAUAUGACCUUGAGUGAACAGGAAUAAGAUGGAUCGAUUGCAAUGGUUUUGGGAGAAUUCACAAAUGCAGCAGAUAUGAAGCUAUAAAUGAUGCAGACUAUGCAUGGACAAGGAGCACGUCUGUUGGACUUCAUUUCAGAAAUCCUUUGUUGGGAGCAGUAAGUCUGAACUUCAGGUAUCUGAGAUAGAUCCUGAUUCUUGUCAAUCACUGAGCAGAAACGAUAUAGCUAAACCAACUACAACAGCAUUUCCGAAGGAUAGAGGUGGCUUAAUAUUCACUGAUAGAGAUGCCUUCAACCAGUUAUAGAAGCUUGCAGUCUUCUCCUGGACACUGACAAUCUAAAACAAGAGAAGAAUUGGAUAAAUAGUGGGCUUAUAUGCUGGCAAAACAAGAAGGCAACAGUUCUACAUGGGGUUAAUAAGACUUGUGCUUUCAUUAAUUGUCCUAUAAAUAUCAAAGUCAUGAUCACCAUAUUCCUGUGAAAUUGACAAUUAUGAUCGAUGAUAUGAAUCAUUUUGCAUCA